AUGGCUGCUCUUGCUCGAGCUCUCCCGGCUCCAAUCCGCCAAACAGAGUGGGAAGAUGUCUUCCCCGCCUCCUCCCUCCCCACCGCCCCUCAAGGCCCUCAGUUACCAAAAUACGGAGCGAGGAAAGGAUGGAAGCCCAAGACUGCCGCCGAUUUCAACGGCGGUGGUGCUUAUCCCGAGUGUCAUGUCGCGCAGUACCCGCUUGAUAUGGGCAGGAAGGCAAAGGGAGCGGGCAGUACGUUGGCAUUGCAGGUGGACUCUGAUGGUUUGGUGAGGUACGAUGCGAUUGCUCAGCAUGGACGAGCGGCGGGGUCGAAAGUGCAGUCAAGCUUCAAGGACCUUGUGCCCCUCGCCAACAGAACAGAUGUUUCCGAAUCCGAUAGACAAAUGGAGAGACCAGACAAUGCCUCUGUCAACGAAACCGCCGAACGUACCCGACUCGCCCUCGAGCGCAUCACCCACGGCAAGAUCAAGGCCGCCCAACCCAAACACGUACCCAAAACCAACUCCGACGCUACCUAUGUCCGAUACACCCCCGCCAACCAGUCGGCAGGCGAGGGCAAGCAGAGGGUAAUCAAAAUGACAGAGGUGCAGGAGGACCCACUCGAACCUCCUAGGUUCAAGCACAAGAAGAUCCCCAGGGCGCCUGAUGAGCCCCCCGCUCCUGUCCUCCAAUCUCCUCCACGAGCCGCUACCGCGCAAGACCAGAAGGAUUGGAUGAUCCCUCCCUGUAUCUCCAACUGGAAGAACAACAAGGGUUACACCAUUCCGCUCGACAAGCGUCUUGCCGCCGAUGGCCGAGGCUUGCAAGAUAUCCACAUCAACGACAACUUUGCCAAGCUCUCCGAAGCUCUGUAUAUCGCCGACAACCACAUCCGAGACGAGGUCAGGGAGCGAGCAAACAUGCAAAAGCUCUUGGCGCAAAAGCAAAAGACGGCUCAAGAGGAAGAAUUGCGAUUGGCGGCACAGAGGGCGAGGGAAGGAAGGAGUGGUAUUACUACACCAUCCAUUGCUUCUGGCAGCAAGCCUCCCGCUUCUCUUGGCAUGGGUCUUGGAGGUUAUGGUAGUGGGAGCGAGUCUGAGGAAGAAAGCGAAGAGGAAGACGAGGAAGAAGAGGACGAUGAGGCUAUCAAGGAGCGUAAUCUUGUGCGAGCUGAAAAGAAGAGAGAGCGCGAGAAGGAGAUGCGUCUGUCAAACAUGGGUUCAGAGGCCAGAGCAAAGCUGCUUGCCAAGGAAGCAAAUCGAGACAUUUCGGAAAAGAUCGCCCUCGGUCUCGCCAAGCCCUCAGCCUCCAAAGAGACUCUUCUCGACUCGCGUCUCUUCAACCGAGAAGCCCUGUCCACAUCCUUUGCCGCUGAAGACUCUUACAACCUCUACGAUAAACCCCUUUUCGCCGGCUCUUCCGCCGCUGCUGCCAUCUACAAGCCCGUCGGCGCUUCGCAUGGCAACGACGAGUCCUUUGGUGGUGGUACAGAAGACGGUAUCAAGGAGGAGAUGUCCAAAGACAGAUUUGCCCUUGGCAAUGCGACGAGAGGGUUCGAGGGUGCGGACAAGGCGGAUGCUAGGGAAGGACCGGUGCUGUUUGAGAAGGACAAGGUCAUUGCGCUGGAUGGGUCUUCUGAUCCUUUCGGUGUUGAGCAGUUUAUGGAUGCUGCUAGGAAGGGAGGCAAGAGGCAGGCUGAUGAUACCGACGGAGCGAGAAAGAGACAGAGGGAUGAGUAG